GAUGAAUAACAUCAGAUUGUGAUUUGUUCACACUACAAACAGUUGCUUUUGCAGUUAAUUUUUGCUUUGUUAAACGUGAAUUAAUUUGAAAACCGUUCAAAAUGCCAGAAGUUUGGGAAGGAAAACGCUACGAAAUGUACGAAUCGCACAAUUUCAACGAUUACAUGUACGAGCUCGGUGUCGGCUUUUUCACUCGUCAAAUCGGCAAUGCCGUCACACCCACCAUUAUCCUCGAGAAAAAUGGCAACAAAUACAAACUGACCACCGAAUCGACAUUCAAAACAUCGGUCAUCGAAUUCGAAUUGGGCAAAGAAUUUGACGAGGUCACAUUGGACGAUCGUAAUGUGAAGAGCGUUGUCACGCUGGAAGGUAACAAGCUGAUACAUAAGCAAGGUGGUGACAAACCGACUACCAUCACUCGUGAAUUUACGCCAACUGAACUGGUGGCUAUAAUGACGAUUGGAAAAGUGGUGUGCACCCGAAAAUACAGAGCCGUAUAGAGAUGUUUGGGCUCAUAUGACGACCUGGGAUUUCGUUUUACUAAUUUUGUUCUUUCAAAUAACUUUUUUCUUCAAAU